UUAAAAUAUUUUUCACCAUCAUGAUGUUGACAUCUCUGGCAUACUUGUUUGGAAUUAUUGUAACAUUGGAAGCUUUAAAAUUACCUGAGUAUAUUAUUCCUUGUGAGGUUAACGAGAAAUUUAAUGAAUGUGCUUUAACUACCGCAAACCGGGUAAUACCACAAUUUGCCAAAGGUGACAAAAAAUUUAAAAUACCCAGUUUGAUGCCAUUGAAGAUUCCAUUCGUAGAACUGUCACCCGGAUCAGGAUUUACUUUAAAAAUAAAAAAUAUGGAAAUUUAUGGAUUAGAAAAUUUAAAAAUGAUCAUGUCAAAGACGGAUUUCAAAAACAAAAAAGGAGUGGGUUUAGUAAAUGCAGAUAAAUUAGUAAUAUUGGGGAAUUACGAAAUUAAAGGCAGUAUAUCAGUUUUGCCAGUUGAAGGCAAAGGUCCUUUGAAUAUCACUCUAGUGGGAGCCAAAUUUAUAGACAACUAUUCCUGGAACAUCAUUAAUAGAGGAGGACAAGAUUAUAUUGAUAGUUUGAAUUCUAAAUUGGAUUAUAAUAUAGAGAGAGCCAUUUAUAAUUUUCAGAACCUUUUUAAUGGAGAUAAGAUGCUAGGUGAUCAAUUAAACAAUUUUUUGAAUGAAAAUUGGCAACAAGUUUCCGGAGAUAUGAAGCAGUCUAUACUUAAUACUGCAGAAGUCAUAUUUGCCGAUAUAUCCAAUAAGCUUUUCACCCAAAUACCUUUCAAGGAUUUUUUUAAAAAUUAUAGUAUGUGAUAUUUUGUAUAAACAUAACAAUAAUAAAUUAUUUAUAA